CACCGCCCGUUCUUUGCUUCAUUCAAUCCUCAUCCAAUUCUCCUCAAUUUUUUCCAUCAAUAUUAAAUUUUCCCUAUCAGAUUUCGAACAUCAAAUCCAAAAUAAAACAAACCCAUUUUUUCUCUUUUCUUUUUUUGUAUUUAAUUUUAUCCAAUUUCCCCAUUUUUUGCUUCUUCUCGUUGUACGAAUUUGCAAAAGCGGAAGCUUAUUAAGACAGAAGAAAACCCAUUUUAGUCUCUUUCUCUCUCUCUUUCUCUUUCUCUCGCGCGCUCUCAGAGAAGAACCUUCUGAUCGUGUUCCUCUUCUUGGUAGCAAACCAAAUCUUUCUGUCUUCAUUCUCUUCUCUUACGCAGGCUAUCUCUCUAUCUCCACUCCGCAUUUUGUCUUCUUUACUCUCUCUUUUCCAAUUCCCAGGGAAGUGCGUGUAGUGAACUGGGUCGGGUUGUUUUUCUUGUUUGUCUUUCUCUUUCGAUCGGAAUUGGUCUUCGCCUCUUAAAGUUGUGGUGGAUUUUAGCUCACAAUGCUUCUGUGCGAAGAACUUAGGGGCUUGAUUUUGUUCGGUUGAGCGUUCAAACCCAGAGAUGCAUAUGUUUCUUCAACUGGUGGUACUAUGGUAAAACAGGAUUGUGACCAUUUCAAUUUGCCACGGAUAUCACGGAACGGCACAGAAAAGUAUCAGAUGGCUAGUGUAUUAUAUCAUGAGGAUAGUUUAUAAUUUCAAGUUAUUACAUGUUAAAACAAGGAACUAGUAUAACUCAUGCGGUUCCUUGUUUAUAGAAGUAAUCGUUAGAGAGUUUUUGCUGAUGCUGCUGUCAGCUUAUUUCCGCUCAAGAACUUGAACAAUAAUUGAAUUCAAAUAAAUUCUUAUUACAUGGGUAAUAAGCUUGGAAGGAGGAGACAAAUGGUUGAUGAGAAGUACACAAGGCCCCAGGGGCUUUACAACCAUAAAGAAGUGGAUCAUAAGAAACUUAGGAAACUCAUACUUGAAUCAAAGCUUGCGCCAUGUUAUCCUGGAGAUGAAGAAUCUGCCUCUGAUCUUGAAGAAUGCCCUAUAUGCUUUCUGUAUUAUCCGAGUCUCAAUCGAUCAAGAUGUUGCAUGAAAAGCAUUUGUACAGAGUGUUUUCUACAGAUGAAAGUUCCAAAUUCUACCCGGCCUACACAAUGUCCUUUUUGCAAAACCUCAAAUUAUGCUGUGGAGUAUAGAGGUGUGAAAUCAAAAGAAGAGAAGAGCUUGGAGCAAAUUGAAGAACAGCGUGUUAUAGAAGCAAAGAUUAGAAUACGGCAGCAGGAACUUCAGGAUGAUGAGGAAAGAAUGCAGAAAAGACAUGAAUUAAGUACCUCUAAUGCUGAUACCACUGUGGAAGAUGGUGAAGACAGCCCUGCAGCUGUUCCAUCUUCUCAAUCUCCUGCCGAAGAUGAGGAAAUAGUUGGCUUGCAAGAUUCUUGUAUGACCCAAGUCAGACCGCCACCACCUCCUAUUCCUAUUAGAAGCAACAGAAAUUUCAGGGAUGAUGAAUUUGACCUGGAUCUUGAGGACAUAAUGGUCAUGGAAGCAAUCUGGCUCUCAAUUCAGGAGAAAGGAAGGCAUAAAGAUCCUGUUUACCCUGAGGCUGCUUCUUCUGAUCAAUAUGCAACAGAAGGUCGAUAUGUCUCUCCAGCCACCAUUCCAUUGGCUGGAACAUCAUCAUCCCCGUCUGGAGGUCUUGCUUGUGCCAUAGCUGCUCUUGCAGAGCAGCAGCAGAUUGGCAGGGGGCCAUCAUCCACUUGCAUAAAUGGAGAUUCGCCUGUCUUCAACAUGCUUCCUGGAGCCACGGAAUUCUACAACAGGAUGAACAACAAUGUAGAAAACUAUCCACCUGCCCAAGUCUCGAUCAGUGCAGAAAAUUAUGCACCUGCACAAGUUUCAACAAUCGAUGCAGUACCAGACUGUAGGAUGAUCUUGACCAGAAAUGGAGAGUGGAAUCUAGACCAUCAAUCAGAAGAAGCUGAAGCUGGGACAAGCUACCCAACGUCAGACUCGACCGAAGAUAAUGGUACUGAAUGUGCUUUACCUACAGCUAAUGCAAUGGAUGGUGGAAACCAAGCAACAAUGCCCAUCAUUCCUCAAAAUUUUGAAGAGCAGAUGAUGCUGGCCAUGGCUGUUUCUCUAGCAGAGGCUCGAGAAGUGUCUAUUGGACCGGGGCAUUCCUGGCAGGAAUGAUUGUGUGAUCAUAUCUGAACUGGAAGAUUCGAUUGUAGUCAACAUGAAUAUAACUGGCAGAACGUCGGUUGGCUGAACCGAGCUGCGAGCUAGGGAAUGCAGACAAGGAGUGGCAUAAUGUUUGUUUGUUGAAAGGUGAAGGUGGCAACUCCUCUUCCCCCAGCCCCUCGGGUGAAAAAAAAAAAGGGAAUACAAAUUCUUUUAGUGAAUUUAAAAAUUUGGUGGUUCAUUCAAGUUCAUGGUUGGCAAUAUUUCUUUCUUUCUUUCUUUUUUUUUCCACCUUUUUUCAAUAUAAAAAUGAUUGAAAUCUUGUUUGAGGUUGUGGAAGGCAGUUUAUGGUGUUUUUCUAGUGCACUCUGUAAUGUAUGGGUCUUAUAUGUAAAGUAUUUUUCUCCCUCCAAUGUUCCUUAUUAAACUUUCUUCAAAAUAAUAUGUUGUCAACUUAUCAUAA